GAGUUGUGAAGUGCUUUCUCAUUAACGUAGAUUUAAGUCUUGAUUUGAGAGAUAAGAGGAAGAAAGGAGGAGGAAUGGACUGCAGGAGCGAUACAUCUUUGGCGACGGAAGCCGCCGGCGCUCCGGUGACGAAGGAACGAAAGCUCAACCUCGACCUCCAGCAGGAGCUCCCUAAACCAUAUCUAGCGCGGGCACUGGUGGCAGUCGAUCCGAGCCAUCCAAAUGGGACAGAAGGGUGGGACAACCGUAACAUGAGCGUGCUCCAGCAACACGCAGCAUUUUUCGAUCGAAAUGGGGAUGGAAAAAUUUAUCCGUGGGAGACAUACCAAGGUUUUCGUGCAAUUGGUUGUGGAUUCUUAAUAUCUCUUGGCGCUGCAAUCCUCCUAAAUCUUCUCUUGAGUUUUCCCACCCAACAAGGAUGGAUACCUUCUCCUCUCUUUCCCAUUUACAUAAGAAACAUUCACAAAGCAAAGCAUGGAAGUGCUGAGACCUACGACACAGAAGGAAGAUUCGACCCAUCGAAGUUCGACGCCAUUUUCAGUAAAUAUGCAAUAACUCAUGCAAAUGCUUUAACCGCAAACGAGGUAUCCACAAUGCUGAAAGCCAAUCGCAACGCCUUGGAUUUCAUUGGACGGGUUAUCAAUUUCGCAGAAUGGGAGCUUCUUUACUCAUUGGGGAAAGAUGAGAAAGGUUUGUUACACCGCGAAACUGUCAGAAGCGUCUUCGAUGGCAGUUUAUUUGUGCAGCUUGAACUGAAGAACAAGAAGAAGAUGAUGAAAUCGAACUAAAUGAUGUACACAUUAAUAGCGGAUGAUAUUGAUAUAUAUAUAAUAAUAAUAUGGGAAAAAAGUGUGAUUGUCAAAAUUAAAA